CCCUCAUUCGCACCCUGCUCAGGAAGGAAGGAAGGCCUCAAUGCGACUGGCUCAGCAAGCCCCAGUGCCAAUUUCUGCCUGCUGGACGCGUCCUCACAUGACCUGCUGCUUAAAUGGCCGCAAAUGCCCCGAAAGCGUGAUUCCUCAACGACCUCAACAUUACGGUAUGUUCAAUGUAUGCUACAAAAUAUAACAUUACGGUAUGUUCAACCUAACGAUGACAUGGAUCGAAGCCACGAGAUGCCACUUGAGUUCGAAAACAUCAUCAAAGAUGGCCAGCUUACCGAGGAAAUCAAGGCGACACCACAUGCCAUGUGCGUCCGGUCUAAGAAAAGACGGAAGGGGAAACGAACAAAUCAAAAGAACCCUGCGAUCAUCCGACGCUUAACCCUCAAGCCCGCAACGCCAACACGGGUAUAGGCAUUCCGAAAAGACAGGUUAUCAGACCCUACAGCUUACGCAUAGUCGGCCGCUUCAGCCAUCCGCUCAUUGUCGCUGGCUCAGCUGAUU